ACCGCUUCAAUGCUAUUGUAUUACAUACAAUAUGAGAAUAUUUGCAAGGCUCAUAACAAGCGUAUAGAUUCUUCAAGUUUACCAUUAAAAAUGCUUAACAAUAAAAAGAUGUUGUAUAUUUCAAUCAAGAUACUAACCAUUAAGAUUAUUUUUAAUAUUAAAAAUUCAAAUAAAUAAAUAGAAUAAUUACUAACGAUAAAGGAAUAAAAAUCUUCACUUUAAAUAUUUUUUUUAACUGAUGAAUAAUAUUUAUUUAUUAAAAAAUAUUAAGGCAUGGAAUCGACGCGUGUAUACUUUCGCUCUUCUCACACCCAAUUUUGUCUGUAAGUGUGUGUAGUCAAAACUGCAUAAUUGACCAAAUCAAAUUCAAUGGAAGAAUCUUGGUGCCUUGUCCAGAGCUAUAUAUUUUCCCUUUACAUUGCAACUUUCUUCACAAGUCUACUCUUAUGUUGCAUUGCAUGAAACUAAGAUUGCACAAAAAAUUUGGCAACAAAUGAUUGAUAUUACUAAUUGAAGCAAAAUGAAUUUCCCAUCAAAAAAUCCUCUAGCACUCCCAACAAUUUGGCUCUCCUAUUUUUUACUCCUUUCCUUUGUUCUCAUUACAUGUUGCCAAGUUGAGGCUACAGAUGGAGACAGUAAAGUCAUAUCUGUAGGUGCAAUAAUUGAUGUUAACUCCCGCAUUGGGAAAGAACAGCUUGUGGCCAUGGAACUUGCAGCUCAAAGUUAUAAUACCACUUCUAACACCUACAAGCUGCUUCUUCAAUUUCAGCUUCCCACCAAGGAUCCCUUCAUACCCACUUCCUUUGCUAGAAGAAUGAUUAAAACGCAGAAGAUGCAAGUGAUUAUAGGGAUGCAGACAUGGACAGAAGCAGCUUCAGUGGCUGAAUUAGGACGUAAAUCUCAAGUUCCUGUCAUAUCCUUUGCAGCUCCUUCCAUUAGCCCAUUAUUGAUGCCAAUUCGCUGGCCUUCCUUGGUAAGAAUGGCUCACAAUGGCACUGCAUAUGCAAAAUGUGUUGCAGAUAUGGUGCAUGCUUUUAAUUGGCAGAGAGUAGUAGUGAUUUAUGAAGAUGGAGACUAUGAGAUGCUAGCACUGCUAUCAGAGACCCUCCAAGAUGUUGGUUCAAAGAUCGAGUAUCGUUUGGCUCUUCCAUCUCCUUCUUAUCUUUCUAAUCCUAGAGAAUUCAUUCACCAAGAGUUGUUCAAGGUGAUUGAAAAUACACAGUCCAGGGUGUUCAUUGUUCUGCAAUCAUCAUUAGAAAUGGUGAUUCAUUUGUUCAGAGAAGCUUCAGAAAUGGGACUUGUGGAUGGAGAAUCAGCUUGGAUAAUCCCAGAGAGCACGACUAAUUUGCUUGAUUCUGUCAACAAGUCUGCUAUUUCCUACAUGCGAGGAGCUUUAGGAAUCAAGACCUACUACUCUGAACGUAGCAGUGAAUAUCAAAACUUUGAGGCUCGGUUCAGAAAAUCUUUUCGUGCCAGGUAUCCUGAGGAGGAUAACAGCAACCCGGGAUUCUAUGCUCUGCAAGCACAUGAUAGCAUUAAAAUUGUUGCACAAGCAAUAGAUAGAAUGGCGAGUGGCAGAAAGAGUCUGCUAAGAGAAAUACUUUCUAGCAAUUUCGUUGGCUUAAGUGGAGAAAUUCGAUUCGAAGAAGCGCAACUCUUGCAGAAUCCCACUUUCAUGAUUGUUAAUGUAGAUACAAAGAGUUACAGAGAGUUAGACUUUUGGACUCCAGAAGGGGGGUUCAUGAGUAGCCUUCCUACAGAACAAGGUUCAGAGAGUGUUUCUAGGAACACACAAAGUUUAAGUGGCAUUGUAAUAUGGCCAGGGAAACUAACAAGAAUUCCAAAGGGCUGGAAUCUGCCUACUAAACAAAAACCAAUGAGAAUAGCGGUUCCUGGAAGAACCUCCUUUUCCAAGUUUGUCAAGGUUGAUCAUGACAAGCUUACAAAUUCAUCUAAGUACACCGGAUUCUGCAUUGAAAUUUUUGAGAAGGCGUUACCCCUAUUGGGAUAUGACCUGCCAUAUGACUUCCAUCCCGUGAAUGCAACCUAUCCUGAUCUGGUUCAAUUGGUCUAUAAUAAGACUUAUGAUGCUGUUGUUGGAGACGUGACGAUAUUAGAAGAAAGAUUGCGAUAUGUAGAUUUUACGGUGCCAUAUGCAGAAUCGGGGUUGUCAAUGAUAGUUACGGAGAAGUUGGAAGAUUCGACAUGGAUGUUUAUGAAGCCCUUCACCUGGCAAAUGUGGGUGGCGACUGGUGCCUUGUUGCUGUACACAAUGGUAGUUGUUUGGUGCCUGGAGCGGAAACCCAAUCCAGAUUUUCAUGGCAAUUUGAAAAGCCAGAUCAGCACUGCGCUUAUGUUUACCUUCUCCUCUCUAUUUUUCGCUCAUAGGGAGAAAAUUUAUAGUGACUUAACUCGAGUGGUGAUGGUAUCAUGGCUGUUUCUAGUUUUGAUUCUUAACUCAAGCUACACUGCUAGUCUUUCUUCCAUGCUCACAGUUCAACGACUGCGACCAAAUGUGACUGAUAUUGAGUUUCUGAAGAAGAACAACAUGAAAAUUGGUUGUGACGGUGACUCGUUUGUUAAGGCAUACCUAGAGGAAGUCGAAGACUUCAAGCCAGAGAACAUCAUACACAUUAAUAAUGAAUAUAGUUAUGAGGGUGCAUUCAAAAAUAACUCAAUAGCAGCUGCUUUUCUCGAACUACCCUAUGAAAAAGUAUAUAUGAGUAAAUAUUGCAAGGGAUACUCUGCCUUUGUACCUACCACCAAAUUCGGAGGUCUGGGAUUUAUGUUCCAGAAAGGCUCCCCAGUGGCCAGAGACUUUUCCAGAGCUAUACUGAGGCUCUUAGAGCAGGGAGACAUAAAGAAGUUAGAAGACAAAUGGUUGAACUCUGCAGAUGAGUGCUCAAACAAUUCGACCUCUGAGAGUUCAGAAAGUUUGAGGCUCGGAAGUUUCUGGGUUCUGUACGUGAUUUCUGGUGCCACUUCUACUAUUUGUUUUCUACUCUACACCAUCCAGUCACGGAAAUCCAGUCACACAUCCCAAGAUGAGGCAGAAGAACGUAACGGCAACCUUAGUGAUGAAAGCCGAUGGAAAAGGAUGUUUGUUAUAGCCAGGCAGAUCUACACCAGAAAGCAUGCAUCACUUACACACGACCAUCAGCAGGCUAUGGCUCCACAAUUACCAGAGAUCAUAAUGGUGUCUUCCCCACCAACGGUUACUAUUCACAACUCUUGAUCAUUAUAGAUUUAGGAAGGUAACUUAAGAAUUCAGGUAUACUCAGUAUUUCAAUACUGACCCAUUUUCAUUAUCCUGCUU